AUGCAACCUGACGGAUCUUUUCUUUGCUUUGGGAGUAAUGAUGUUAGGGCUGAUAGCAGCUCUAUUGAAGCCCCUACGGUUGACGCAAAUUUUCUAACCGUCAUGGUAGCCGAAGUUCACACAUCAGUUCGUGAAGACUUCAACCCCGAUCCCGCUAUAGACCCUAUAGAGAUUUUAUUCGUAACAGUAACUAAUGAUUGUCCGCCUGAACAUCGGCUACAGAAAACUGUAACAAAAAUCAUAGUUGUCGAAAAAACCACACCAGUGAGAUAUUUAGAUAGAUGCAUUUUUAACGUAGAUGUCACUUACGUCGACAAUGAGAGUGUGCUUUUAGAAAAAGUUCUAGAACUAGUAAUGACACACGAUCCCGACAUAAUGUGCGGGUAUGAAAUAGAAAUGGGUUCUUGGGGAUACAUCUUAGAGAGGGCACAAGUUUUAGGACUAGAAAUCGUGAAAGAAGUUUCAAGAAUAACAGAGAAGUACCGUCAAAAACGCUGGAGAGGCGAAGAAAACGAUUUCGAAGGGAGAAUUAUUGGGCGGAUAAUGUUGAAUGUGUGGCGUUUGUUCCGACAUGAGAUAGCACUAUCAAGCUACAGCUUUGAGAACUGUAUGUAUGAGGUGUUGAAGGAGCGAGUGCCCACAUACAGCUAUGCUCAGCUCGGGAGGUGGUGGCGCGACGAGACUCGGCUGUUGAGAUGGAUUCCCGUAGAACAUUACUUGACCAGGUUGUCAGGAACUGUGAGGAUGUUGGAGAAACUUGAUAUUAUAAAUCGUACAUCAGAACUAGCCCGUCUAUUCGGGCUCCAGUGGUGGGAGGUGCUGUCCCGGGGCUCUCAAUUCCGUGUCGAGUCCCUCAUGUUGCGAGCUGCAAGGCCUUUGAACUUGGUGGCUCUAUCACCUACUGUGAAGCAACGCGCUGCCAUGAGGGCCCCCGAAUGUCUUCCACUUAUAUUUGAACCAGAAUCUCGCUUCUACACGGACCCCGUCAUAGUACUGGACUUUCAAAGUCUGUAUCCGUCAAUGAUGAUCGCCUACAACUACUGUUUUUCGACGUGUAUUGGACGAGUUCAAAAUAUUAACGGAGAAUCAGAUUACGAAUUUGGCGCAUGGCGUUUGAAAAUACCUAAAGCUAAAUUAGAAGCAUUGGUCAAAAAAGGUUUAGUUCACUGGUCGCCUGUUGGCGUUGGUUUCGUAAAGUCCUCGGUACGCCGCGGUGUCCUCCCUGCGUUGCUGAGAAGAAUCUUAGCGGCUCGACAAGCAGUCAAGAAGAAUAUGAAAGCGCAGACUGAUGAAGCUGUAAAAAAAGCUAUGCAUUCCAGACAACUAGGCUUAAAAUUAAUAGCAAAUGUAACGUACGGGUAUACAGCAGCAAACUUCAGUGGUCGUAUGCCGUGCGUAGAGGUCGGAGACAGUGUGGUCUCUAAAGGACGCGAGACGUUGGAGCGAGCCAUCAAGAUGGUACGAGAUAGCACACAGUGGAACGCCAAGGUGAUUUACGGCGACACAGACUCAAUGUUCGUGUUAGUGCCGGGUGGGACACGCGCUGAAGCAUUUGAGAUUGGCCAACAGAUUGCUGACGCCGUUACAGCAGACAACCCUUCACCGGUUGCACUCAAACUUGAGAAGGUAUACCAACCAUGUAUUCUGCAAACUAAGAAGCGGUACGUUGGCUACAUGUACGAAACUCCUGACCAGGAGAAACCAGUGUACGAAGCUAAAGGAAUUGAGACCCUUCUCCAGCGAGCCCUGUGUGAGUUGUUCGAAACUGGUGAUAUGUCACGAGUGAAGCGAUCGGUAAUGGCGACGUUAUCACGACUUGCAGACGGGUCCCUGCCACCACAAGAACUGUUCUUUACGCGAGAAUACCACGGCCCUGCUGGAUAUAGACCUGGUGCUUCUGCGCCACCUAAUGAGAUUGCCAAACGUUUAGUGUCACACGACCGUCGCUCGGCACCCCGCACGGGGUGGCGCGUAGCGUGGCAGGUGACGGCGGGUGCGCCGGGCGCCGCGCUGGUGCGCCUGGCGCGCACGCCGGCCGAGCUCACUCGGGACCCUACGCUACAGCCUCAUAAAGCCUAUUACGCGGCCAGAGUCCUACUGCCACCACUACAUCGCUGCCUCUCUCUACUUGGUGUAGACGUCUUCAAAUGGUGGAGUGAAAUCGGAUACACUCGGGAAGUGCAGCAGAACGAGCCAAGUCGCGCGGGUGGUAUAGCGCGCUACAUGUGGCGGGCGCGGUGCGCGGUAUGCGCGGGGCGUAGUGCGCGCGCGGCCGUGUGCGAGGCGUGCGCCGCGCCCCGCGCCGCGCCUCGCGCCGCCGCCACGCUCGGACUGCGGCUCGCGCGGGCCACGCACCACCUACAUUCCUGCCAAGCUAUUUGCGCUUCGUGUAGCGGUCAUAAUCAGUCUUUAGAAUGCGAAAACACCGAGUGUCCAGUCUUAUGGCGACGUAUAGCGGCUCAACACAAACUCACACAAAUACAAGAUAUUGUCACACAUUUACCGCCUAUUUUCACUAAAGAAAGCUUCGAUUUUUAA